GAACAACGUCAAAUUAAUGUAUGGCGAAAACAAAAAAAAACUGGUGAAAGAGCUGUAUGAUUAUGAGUAAUCCAACAUGACAGACGGUCAGCAACAACAACAAUCCAAACAACAACAACAGUCUACCGCACAACCACAGUCUGGAAAUCCAUCAUCAGCUCAACAGACAGGUCGCCAGAUGUCACAACAGACGCCCCAGGCUGGUUCUGCAGGCUCUCAACCUGCAGGGAACCAGUCUAGUCAACAACAACCACAGCAACAGCAGGUACAGCCCCAGGUACAGCAACAGCAGGCUAUACAGCCCCAACACCAAGCUAUACAACCACAGCAACAAGCGAUCCAGCCUCAGCAACAAGCGAUCCAGCCUCAACAACAAGCUAUUCAGCCUCAGCAGCAGGCUAUUCAACCGCAACAGCAAGCAAUUCAGCCACAGCAGCAGCAGCAACAACAACAACAACAACAGGCAAUGCAGCAACAGAUGCAACAGCUGCAGCAACAACAACAAAUGCAGCAACUGCCUCAGCUUCAACAGAUAGCCCCACAGACUCAGCAUGUGCUGCCAAACAUCCACAGUGUAACCUCUGUGCCUCUCAGUAUGGCCAUGACUGCUGGGGCAAUGAAUGGAGGCAUGACAGCGGGAAACCUUAGAUCACCACUGGGGCAAUUACCACAGGUCCAAGUUAUACACCAGGCAAUGCAGAGCCCGACGUUCAUGCCGGCACAGUUUGCCUACAAUCAACAGCAACAAUUUAUGCUGCAAAACAUGCAGGCAGCAAUGCAGCAAGCCAAUGUGAUGAGUAUGAAUCCCCAGCAGAUAAACAUGGCCAACAUGAUCGCUAUGCAGGGGCGGCCCAACACUAGCAUGUUCACUCCAGGGGCUGGGAUGUCACAACCCACUACACCAACCACACCAAAUGUGAUGAGUAUUGCAUCAACCAUGACCUCCCAGCCAGGAUCAACAACAACUACUGCCAGCAACAACACCAACAAAACAGCAGUGGCAGGCACAAAGCCUGCUGGCCAACAACAACAACAGAAUCAGCAACAGGCUGGACAGCAACAAAAUCAGCAGCAGCAGCCUAAUUACCUGGGACAGGUGCAACAAGCGCAGGCGACAGCUAUGAUUGGUGGAAAACCCAUCAUCCUUGGACAGGCCGGGGGUCUGCUACAGGGUCAAAUAGGUGUAAUAUCAGCGGGGCAGUUACAGACCACACAGGCUUAUGCUACUGGUCAGACAUUUGGGCAACUGCAGUCCAAGCAGGGCCAGCAGAUCAGCAUGGCGACUAACAAUGGUCAAGGUCAGAUCCAGCUGAACAGUUCCCAGGGAACGAUUCGAUUCUCUCAGCCUCAGUGUAUUGUCAGCAACACAGGCAACGCCCAGCUGAUUUCUUCCCAGCCUGUAUUUACCAAUCAGAUGAUCCAAGCUAUGGCCUCACAGCUUCAACAUUUCCCCAACCAGCCCAUCAUGUUAGCACAGGGAAAUACACAGACACUUAAUACAGGUCAGAAAUUGUAUAUCAAUCCUGUUCAGACCCAAAAUCUCAUGACGGGGAUGCAGACUGCUAUGAACACAGGCUUCAAAAGCCCCACACAACAAAAUGUUCAGACUGUAUCCAUGCCAAUACAGAAGCAAACCACAGCAGCACAGACAGGAAAAGUCUUGCUACCCUCCAUGUCCAAAACCGUCACCACUGCCAAAGUCCCCCCUAAUAGUGCCUCAGGAGGUUUGGCCAAACCAGGAACCAACCCUAUGGCUAAGCCAAAAGGGCGCCCUAAAGGGUCUGGCAAGGCCUCUCCAGCUGUUUCUACACCUACAGCAGCAACCAAUCAGAGCAGACCUGACUCCACCCCUUCCUGUCAAUCAAAACCUUCUACUCCAACCUCAUUGGCUUCUGUGGUGGGGUCACCUGACAUGAAGAGCCAAUCAGAUUCAGAGUUAGAAGUUCCAAAAAAGCUUACCAUUGAUGAGACUGCCACUGAAGCUCAGGACCAAGGGAAUGUAGAGGCUACACCAGAUGUGGAAACGGCUGAAAAGAAACCGGUUAUUCCUGAGAAGCCAACCCCACCACCAGAUCUGCCCCUAGAGCCACGUCCAAGCAUCAUAGCCUCCGAACAUCCCGUACAUGUGGAAAGGCAGCGUGCCAUUGUGAAACCCCACAUUCUAACACAUGUCAUUGAGGGUUUUGUCAUACAAGAGGGUCCAGAACCUUUCCCGGUUCAAAGGUCCUCUCUGCUGACAGAGUUUAUUCCUCCAAAGCCUGGUCAGCCAGUGGAACAAUCUUCCCUUAUUUCCUUGGAUGAGGAUGAUAUGGAUCAGGAUGAGGACAGUCACGAGGAACAAGGACCUCUAAAUGGCCAGGCCAUGCAGUGUGAAUUCUGUAACACAGUUUUUUCAAGUCACACCCUUGGCCAAAGAUUCUGCUCAAAAUCUUGCGCUAAGCGUUUCAACGUAGGGUGUACAAAACGUCUUCAUCAAUUUCCUGGCCGGCAUAAAGAUGCACGGUCUUUAAAGCGGAAGCGCAAAGGCAAGAAGUCCUGGAGAGGAAACAGACUGGCCAGUUCGAGUUCCCUGAUGGGAGAGUUGGAAGACCAGAGCAGCUCAAUGAGCCAAGAGGAGACACCGUCCCCCGCCACAACACCUGACCACCCCCGCAACACCCCACCCCCUGACUUACAGAUGGAGGGCGAAUACAUGCCACCACACGUCAGCCCCACGAAAUGGAAUGUUCAAGAGGUGUAUGAGUUUAUCAAGAAUCUGCAAGGGUGCGCAAUGUACGCUGAAGAGUUCCGCUCCCAGGAGAUUGACGGGCAGGCCUUGUUACUGUUGAAGGAAGACCAUCUUAUGAGUACAAUGAACAUGAAACUGGGCCCUGCUCUGAAAAUAUGUGCCCGCAUAAAUGCAAUUAAGGAGGAAACAGGAUGAAGUAAUUCUGUGUUUCCACAUUGAGACUUAGUUUGAUACGCGGGUGUGCCACGGCUUACAGAUCUGGAAAAUAUGGGUGUCAGAUUGAUGCAUUUAAGAAAUCGGAUGAGGUAAGGUGAAGAUUGGGUUCAUUGACUUUUUGGAAGAUGGUUGUACCUUAGGACUGUGGAGUUUGGCAUUAUAAAAUGUACCGGUAUGUGCCAUGACCAGUGCCAUUUCAGACAAAUCAGUGUUUAGAUCUAGGGUUAUUAGACUCUCAAUCAAGAAAUGGGUAAGCAUGCCAUAGUGCCGGAAAGAUGGAUGAGUUAAACUUGGGAUCAUACAUGUAUGAGCCAGUGAUGCUUGUCUUUUUGACUAUUGUUGUGUUCAAUACAGAAUGUGACAAAAUUGGAUGAAAUAGUUGAAAAAUCAUCAUUUCGCUUUCAAAAUGCUCAUUGGGUUUUGCGUUUUAUUAUGUUUAUGGAUCUUAAGGAUGACUGUUCAAAUUUUACAUAUGAGGUUAAACUUGCAAUAAAUAAAAUGUGCUACAGUGGGUAUAUUAAUGAUUUAGGCUACUUGAUGGCUUCAAAGGGAAAUCAGGGCAGUAAAUGAAAUUGCUGCUGUGCCAUAUAUCAGUCAAAACCCUGAGUGACUUAUAUAUAUAUAUAUAUAUAUAUUUCUCACCCCUGCCCGGUUAGCUCUCAAUGUUGUUUUAUUUGAUAAGGAGCUUAAAAUCUGGUAAUGGUGCAUUAUUUUUAAAAGUUACACAUAUUUUUUUUAUUUGACAAAAAUAAAUAUGCUCUCCACCCCAACUUUGAAACAAAACAUUAUUUUUCUCUGGUCUUUUAGGUUUGUACAGUGGAAUGAAGAAAUAGCCCAUGUUAUUAACUUGUCAGCAUUGAAUCUCAUUGAUGUAAACUGUUCUGUUGAUAAUUCUUUUUUCCAUCUUUUAUAUCCUGCUAUGUUUUCUUAUUUCUGUCUUACUCUAAACUUUUGUGCUAUCUUUUAGAUAUAUUUGUUUAGGUAUGUUUUUGUUAUCUUUUAGUGCAUGGUUUCUGUAUUUUAUCUUGUUUAAUAUUGAGGAGAUUUUCCUCUGGUUAUUUUGUAAUAAAAUUUCAUUUAUUUUACAACGGAAAAAUUAAAUAUUUAACUUAUUUUUAUAGAGUGUUUCGUAAAUUUUGAUGACAAAAGUUCUGAAACAUAUAUACUUGUGCCUCAACUUUCCCAACUCUAGCAGGGGUUCUAAAGUCUUACAUUUGCAUCAAAAACAGUUGGAAAGUUAGCACCUAGACAUGAAAAUAAAUGACUUCAGAACAAUUUCAUAAGGGGUCUCACCCACUUUAUACUGCUUUGGGCAUGAACUUUGAGUACUCAAACAGUCCCUUUGCUAUUUUUCAGCUUGACAGUUAUCAGUUGUUAGACCCCCUGCAGUAAUGUUAAUUUAUUAAACAUGACUUUACUUUCAUCAUUUAUAUCUUUCUACAGUUUCUGUUUGGGUCUUAUAUCAUAAUACGCUACAUCACAAUUUUGUGCAAUAUUAUUAGUCCUAUUAAACAUGUUCACAAUAGUACCUGAAAAUAUUAAAACUUCAAAUUCAACGAGACUAUGAUGUGUUGUUAAAUCUAAAAGGUGCCUCAGCUUUAGAGACAUUUUUGCCCACAUGGUAGCUUCUGGUAUUAACCACACAAGAUUGAUGUUUCGUUCUGGUAUAACAGGAUUCAUUUAUUUUUUGUUGGUAUAUGAACUUUUUUUUAUCAAAUUGUAUUUCAUAUAGCUUAUUAAAAAUAUUUUUUUACGUUGUAUAAUUAUGUAUAAUUUUAGACGGUUUCUUAUGAUAAAUGGUAUGUAACAUUGUUUUGUCUGUAUAUUUUGUACAUUAAACAAUUAAUAACAGUGA